GGAAACAAAGUUGAGGAGACCGACAAGGGAGAGCCAUAUGUACCUACCCUAAUCUUCCAGUCCUGUCCCCGUGUUUGUGCAUUCGUGUAUAUACACGAAUCAUACAUGUAUAUAUAUAUCGUCGGCUAUUCAAUUAGCUUAGGUUGAGGAAACCAUCGAGUUGACAUCAAAGUUCUAGAGAGAGAGAGAGAGAGAGAGAGAGGAAGAGAGAUGGGGAUAGAGGUGGAUGCAAUGCCGGUUUCUUGGGUGGUUCACUUCCUGGCCAUCGCCGGAGCAGUGUUGGUGUUGGUGUGGAACCUCCACUUCCGCGGUGGCAUCGCCUGGGAAUCCUCCGACAAAAGCCUCAUCUUCAACCUCCACCCCGUGCUAAUGCUUAUUGGGCUAAUCAUCAUUGGAGGCGAAGCUAUCAUCGCUUACAAGUCAUUGCCUCUGAGGAAAGAGGUGAAGAAGCUUAUACAUCUUGUGCUUCAUGCCAUUGCUCUUAUCCUUGGAAUAAUUGGCAUCAACGCUGCGUUCAGAUACCAUAAUGAGAGCUCAAUCGCGAAUCUUUACAGCCUGCACUCCUGGUUGGGCAUCGGAGUUAUCGUACUCUAUGGCAUUCAGUGGUUGUAUGGGUUUGUGAUAUUCUUCUACCCGGGAGGUUCGGGGCCGGUUAAGGCUGCAUCGCUUCCCUGGCACGUCGUCUUUGGUCUGUUUGUGUACAUUCUGGCCGUUGCCACUGCAAUACUAGGGUUUCUGGAGAAGCUCACAUUCCUCGAGAGCUCGGGACUUACAAAGUAUGGAUCUGAGGCCUUCCUUGUCAAUUUCACUGCAAUCGUUACGAUCCUAUACGGGGCAUUCGUUGUAAUAACAGUUUUUGCUCGAGGCCCCCCUGCCGAAGACGAUCAUAGCUACUCUGCUAUAGAAGGAUGAUACAUAUAUAGUUGUGUCUCUGUUUUAAUGCGUAGCAGAGUGUAUUUUUCCUGCUCAUCCGUAGGGAAAUGUGAUUUUUCUUUUUUCUUUCAAUUUUAGUUUUGGGAGACAAAUCAAAAUUAAUUUGUCGAAUAGCGCUGCGCCAUCAGGUAGACAUCGCAUGCAAUCUUUGUUUGUAAGAAUAAUAUUAAUGAAUAUUCCCAUGUGUGUAUAGAUAAAUAUAUAUAUAUAUAUAUAUAUAUUAUUUAUUA